GGUGACCGUGGUGCGGACGACCCCCGUGAUGAAAGGGUCGAUAUAUCGGUAUUGCCGCAACGGAACGUAACGCGAAUGCGAAGAAAGUUUAGUUGAAGCAAAAUUCUGCCAUACCCGUGCUAGCGAGCUGUUUGUCUGAGGCAGCGACUGGCGGAAUUGCUUAGGACGAGCAGAAACUGAUCCGCCUGGAAUCUCCUAGCCCGGGUCCGUAUCGUUGCAGCAACCUCACGAGAAACAGGAGAGAAUCUGGACAAUUUGUGAGCCGUAUCCACGCCGCCACACCACACAUACUCGAGGAUGGCUUCGUCAGGAGUUGUUGUUCCACGAAACUUUCGCCUACUUGAAGAGCUCGAAGCAGGACAGAAGGGCGUAGGAGACGGUACCAUAUCGUGGGGUCUCGAGAAUGACGAUGACAUGACCCUUACUCACUGGACUGGCAUGAUCAUUGGCCCACCCAGGACUCCAUAUGAAAACAGAAUGUACUCACUGAAAAUAGAAUGCGGCGAGCGUUAUCCGGACGAGCCGCCGACGUUGAAAUUUCUUUCCAAAAUCAACAUCAACUGCAUCAACAGUCAGAAUGGUGUGGUCGAUCACAGGAUGGUUCCAGUGCUGAGCAGAUGGAACCGUGAUUACACGAUUAAGACAAUUUUACAAGAAAUACGUAGGAUUAUGACGCUAAAGGAAAAUCUUAAGUUAACACAGCCUCCAGAGGGUAGUUGCUUCUAGUGCUCUUAAUUCAAAUCUUCGAAAUCCCGAACACUAUUUCUCUCUUCUCUCUCUCUCUCACUCUGCCUGUGUCCCUCACGUGUGAGGUGCAAGUGAGAGGGGAAGAAAGCGCGAAACUAUUGCAAGUGGAAAGUUGUAACAGUGAGAGGAGAUAAUAAAGAGGAAGAUGCAAAAGCUGAAAGAGAAGUAAGAAUCGCAGUAAGUUAUAAAUCAACCAACACUGAUGAUGAUGAUGAUGAUGAUGAUGAUGAUGAUGAGGGUGAGGAGUGUGAUGCGAAUGGUCAGAUCAGAGGUCCGAUGUGGUGAAUCGCUAUAUAUUAACAAAACUUAUUAGCAAACCAAUAACGAGAGGUUGAUGCGCAUGGAAAAUAUACUAAAAACAGGACAAAGUCACAUGCUAAAAUGGGAAAGAAAAUUGAAUCGUAACCACCGCUUUAUGGGAGCGAUCAGUGCGAACAGGUAGCAAAUGCAAAUAAUAACUGAACAAUAGGUAACAUCUCUCCCUAUCCCUCCUCCCCGCCCCUGUACUGAACAGCAAAACGCAGUAAAAAUGGUGAAAAUGUAGCAAAAAAACAGAAAAAAACACGCAAGCACGAAUGCGAAACACCCCUAUAUCUCGUCCGCAAAGAGCGAGCACCACAUUGAAGAGAAACCGAGGAAAUAAACUUCCUUUUCGGAAAGGCAAACAACCAUCAA